CCUCUACGGAGUAGAUUUGGCAAACCUGAGAAACCAUGGCAGGGCAGACUCCAAAGCCUUCAUCAUCAACAGAGGGGUUUUUCCAAAGCCUCCCCACCAUCCCUCCUUGCUAUAAUUUCUCGGCAAGCGCCCAAAAGAACCAUGAUAGAUCUGAUGAUGUAGUCCUGGGCCGGAUUCUGGAGCUUUAUCUUCCCCGCAACUGCGGCAGCGUGGGUCGCUCUAUCCACAAUCUCGCCCGCCGUGCCCUUGAUCCGUCUACGCUCCAGCACAGUGUCGACGCAGAGAUCAACCAGCCUUUUCUUCGGCCACUCACCACCUUUGGCGAGGAGAACCGCAAUGAUCCCCUAUGGACAUCUGCUGGUUGGAAAGCGCUCAAGGCAAUCGGCCAGGAAGAAGGACUCGUGAGCUCCGCGUACGAGACGAAAAACACAAGUUGGAACCGUCGCGUGCAUCAGUUCGCGCUGAACCAUGUUUGGUCCGGAAGUGCUGCCAUGACGGGAUGUCCUGCAUCCAUGACAGACGGAGCAGCCAAGCUGCUUGCAGCUCAUCUAGGCGAUCCCGAUGGGGACCAACCUGGUCGGAGAGAGGUGAUGCAGGAGGCGUACCGCCGCCUCAUCUCACGGGACCCUAAGCUUGCGUGGACAAGUGGGCAAUGGAUGACAGAACGAACGGGUGGUAGUGAUGUGCGAGGAACGGAGACGGUCGCGCGUCGGCUGACACAAGACGAAAUGCUCCAGGGAGCUUCCCACGAUGCGCACAGUAUGCCACUUGGCCCAUGGCGCAUCGACGGGUUCAAGUGGUUCAGCAGUGCGACGGACUCGGAGAUGACAGUCAUGCUCGCGCAGACAAGCAAAGGUCUCAGUUUGUUCUACGCACCGAUGCGGCGACGCGUUGCCUCGGCAUCUGCGAGCGAGACUGAGUUGAAUGGGAUCCGGAUUCAGCGACUGAAGAAUAAACUUGGCACAAGGCAGUUGCCUACAGCGGAGUUGGAACUUAAAGGAGUGCGGGGCUGGCUGAUCGGCGAAGAGGGACGGGGCGUGAAAGAAGUUGCGACCAUCCUCAAUGUUACACGUCUAUACACAGCUGCUGGUUCCGCGGCGGGUUGGGGCCGCGGCCUGGCCAUUUGUCGGGCCUACACACAGGCUCGCAAAGUUCAGGGCUCACUUCUGGAGGACAACCGGCAGCACGUGCGGUGGAUGGCUGGGGAAACAGUGAAAUACUGGGCAGCGAUGCAUUGGACAUUCUUCGGCAUUGCGCUGCAGGGCUCUAUCGAACAGGAUUGGGACUUGAUGGUUCGCAACACCAAAGCCGCUCCUUUGAUCCCGCAGGAUAAAAAGCAAGCAGCAACUCUGCUACGACUCAUUACGCCAGCAUUGAAAGCACUGGUCAGUGUGGCAUCUGUUCAAGGUCUUCGAGCCUGUAUGGAGGGCCUUGGUGGGGUUGGAUACUGCGAAAACAAUGAGGAUGGCGGCAUUCUCAAUGUAGCGAAGAUUUUCCGCGACACGCUGGUCAAUCCGAUCUGGGAGGGCACGGUCAGUGUGAUGGCCGAGGAUGUGGUUAGAGUCAUUACCGAUCGACGGCUCGGGGAUGGCAGAGUUCUCGAAAACGUUCUGGGUCAGUGGACGCGCAGCGUACUCCAGUUCUGUCAAAGGCUGCUUGCGGACGAGUGUGCGCUCGUCCAGAAGAGACUUGAGAGAUUCAUCCAAACGACAGAGAAGGCUGACAAAGCCGAACUUCUCUGGCGUGGAAGAGAGAUAAUCGGGCACGUGCAAGCAAUUGUCUGCUCUUGUCUGUUGAUGUAUGAUGCCUGCGUCGAUGGCGAUGUCGUAGCCCUGACCGUGGCAUCAAGGUAUGUCCGUUCUCAUGCGGGAUAUGAGAUGCAGUCAUCUUCUCAGUGGCAUAGCGAGGCGUUGAAGGACAAGAGAAUCUUUUUAGGUGCGGGUAGUGUUGCAAUUGGGAAGCUUUAAGGACUACUUGGGACCUUGGCAGGUUGAAUUUGCACAAAUCUUGACUUUAAGUAUCUCAGCGGUAAAUGAUUGAAGAUGCAUGUGAAUAUCACCUGAUAAUCAAAGUCAACAACAAGUGGUGAACUUUAUAUACAACCGCUAAG